AUGGUAAUCAAUCUCCAACAACUUCCCAGAUUCAGAUGCCUUCCAGCUUACUUGCCUGUAUUCCAGUUUACAUGCUAUAUAGAUAUGACUUAUCGCAAGAGGGUUAGACCUGCUGAAAUAGAUGGUACACGUGGUCCAGCUACCGCACAUACCUCAUCUUUGAGUGGAGAUGCAUCACUACCAACCAAGAAGCAUGUUACUCAACCACAAUCAUCUCAGGUUCCUACUACCGUUGUCAAAUUUGGACCAUUUUCUCCACAAGGUACCGUAAAAUCAGUGGUUGCACCUCCAUGUUCGAGUACUUCAAAAAGUGCACUGCAAACCGAUGACAUACUUGGAGCUAUAUGGAAAAAGCCACCUACUGGAUCAACAUCAAGUUCACUUAUGGAAGCAACUAGAGAUUCAGUUCAACCCAAGAUUUCAUCCAAGACUUCACCUGAAGUUCCAACUAGUAUCCCACCUUCUAACACAACCAAAUCACAGAAAUACCCUACAUCAAAAUCACAAAAAUAUCAUGCUACUUCCUCUGGUCGUGUCCCACCUAAUAUCUCGCCUGCUAGUCAUAUCUCACCUUAUAUGCCACCCAAUAUGACACCUAUUAUCCCACCUAGUCAUAUUAAAACAUCUUCAAGAGUUUCUCAGACCAAUCAACAGCAGAACAAUAGUGAAGAACCAAAAGAGAACUCAACAAAAUCGAAGUCCCUAAGGGUGAAGUCAUAUCCGGAUUGGCCUGUAACUAUAGAUUUUGAUGACAAGGAGGAGGUUUUGACCAUUGAUGCUAAGGGAAAUGUUAAACUGGUGAGUGGUUCUAUUCAAACCAUCGACCUCUGGAGUAACAAUGGCGUGCAGUACUAUGUUGAAUUCAAUGACCUUUACCAACCGCUUAGGAAAGGUGGACAAAUGUUGGUCAGAUUCAUUGGUAGUAUUGUAAAGGUAGAGACCUACUGUCCACUUGGAGAAGGGGAUUGGUCUGAUAUCGACAAAGAUUCAAAAGCUAAGAUGGUAGAAGAAAUAAGAGAACGCUUUGUUAUUCCCGCUCAUCCGGAAUAUAACAAACAAAUCCUCAAGCGCGCCAAUAAAAGUUGGAGGCAGUAUAAACACUCUCUUAAGGUGAGAUACUACAAACCAGAUGAGAAAACACUUGCUGAGAUGUGCGAUAUUGUGCCAAGACAUGGAAUUACCAGUACUCAAUGGAGAAAGUUGGUUAAGUACUGGGCUUCGGAUGAAGGGCAAAGAGCAUCAGAAUGUGGAAAAGCUGCACGGGCAUCUCAAAAUCAAUUUCAUAGAUCGGGUUCUGACAGCUAUGCGAACCAACAAGCUGAUUAUGAAGAUGAGCAUGGAAAAAAAAUGAGCUUAUUAGCCCUUUGGGUAAAGUCUCAUCGCGGCAAGGACGGGACCUUUCUUCCAGGCACAGUCACUGAAGAUUUUGUGGAUGAUGCAAAGGCUAAGAUGGAAACGUUGAGGACAGUAGAUCCUUCUAAAUCUGAACAAGAACUUGAAAAUGCAGCUUUUGAGGACACUAUGCAUGGAAUAAAGGGUAUGGGAAAGUUCGAGAGAGGACCGUGGUGA